AAGCUAGCGAGAAAAGCCGAGAAGCGCGUCACUUGGAAACUACCAACAUGACCUUCGCAAUGCUAUACCUACACGUCGCUAUAUCUUUCCUUCUUCCUCACUCAACGCUCCUCGUUUUGCCCAUACCUUUGUGAGAAAUCUGUGACCUAGCCUAACUUAGACCCAAUGAUUUGAAUUUUAGAAAAACGAUUAGAGACUAGCGUCACGGAGACAAGGGUGGAGAGGGAACAAAGAAGAAGCUGCUACUGUGCCACGUACGUGGUUACGUGCGUGCGUGCAUGGGAGAGGUAAACCCAGGCAGGAUCUUAAGGACCACGCGGCACUAGAAGGAAGGGGACGGGACAAGGUGGCGGCAUUGCCAGGACACCAGCUUCCGGCGCUAGCGGCGGAAGAAAGAUGUCGAGCGUCUGCAACAGUCCUAGCAGAAUGGCUCUGCAGUCGCAUUAUUCUUUACGAUGGCACAAUCAUCUCAACCACAUACAACGGGCGUUCGAGGAGUUGUUGCACGCGGAGACGCUCGUCGACGUGACCCUCAUCUGCGCCGACAGCAGCGUCAAGGCACACAAGGUCGUCCUUAGCGCCUGCAGUCCUUUCUUCGAGAGGAUAUUCGCGGAAAAUCCAUGCAAGCAUCCCGUGAUCGUGCUGAAGGACUUCUCGCAUCACGAGCUCUCCACUUUGGUGCACUUUAUAUAUCGCGGCGAGGUGCAGAUCGCCCAGGAGGAGUUACCGGGACUGAUGAAGGCCGCGGAGUGUCUGCAGGUGCGCGGACUGUCAUCGUCGGAGCCGAGGCCGGUGUCGACAGAACCCAGGCCGUCGUCGUUGGCAUCGACGCCGACGCGCGAUCUCAUUCUGGCCGAGCUACCGACGCCGGAAGUCGCGCGACACGGCACGUCCGAGGAGGACGAGAACGCGCUGGAGAGCACGAGGGAGAUGAAACCCAUCCUGUUUCAACCAACGAGGGACCAUCCGGCCAAGCCGCUCAUUGGCCACAUGAACUUUGGUAUCCGCGAGAGUUGCGGCUCGCCGUCGAUGCCCCGCCGGAAGCAGGCGCGGCCGCGCCGACGGUCUGGCGAGAUGCUGCCGCAAGAUCUGAGCAGACGCUUGACCCCACCGAUCAGCUCGAGUCCGUUGGCCAGCGUUCUUAAUCUCAGCGGUAGUCAGCACCAGGCGCAGCAACAGCAGUUAAUGCUGCAGCAAUCCCAGUACCAUCAGCAGCAGGCGAUUAACAACGCACAAAACCAACAACAGCAGCAGCAGCAACAACAACAGCAGGAGGACAUGGCGGAGAACCUCUCGAUGAAGAAACCUCUUUCGCCGAGCGGACUGGAUCAGCAUCACGUGAAGACGGAGGGCAGCGAAGCGACGAGUAGUCCACGCGGUUCGCCCCUCACGGGGACGAGUUUGUUGCAUCAUCCGGACGGCCCUGUACCGGACAUCCCGGCGGCCGUGGCGGCGGCCGUGGCGACCGUAGCGUUGUCGCUACCAACGAUGCCCACGUUGUCACUGUCGCAAUCGCAUCCCCCCGAGUACCUGACAAGCCUCGGCCAGUUGACGAGCCAAUGGCUGCCCGGGCAUCCGCAGAGUCAACUGCCGCCGCCCCCGUCGGCCCAAAGUCACCAUCCACGCGAGGACAGUCCGCACGGCUCCGGUAGAUCUCAUCCGUAUCAGCAGCAGCAGCCACAAGAAUCUGCACUGCCACGGCGUAGCACGAUGGCGAUGUUCACGCCAACGUUGGACGGCGUGACGGCUCUAGGUGGUGGACUUUUUUCGCACCACGCCACUACGUACGACCGAGGUAACCUCCUCGCGGAUUCGCUCCUCACGGAUAAUUUCAAGCCAGAGGCGCUGCAAAAUCUCUUCGGUACUCCCAGUCUCGGCCCUCCGCCCGCGAAAAAGACCAAGAAGCAUCGAAGUGAUAGUGACGCGCCACGCAGAUGGAACGAUCACAAUACUCGUGCACUCGCGGUCAAUAGGCCGAAGGGGCAACACAGCGCGCCGCGAGGAGGACCACCGAGGUCAUGGACGAAUAACGAACUCACGCUUGCUUUGCAACACGUUUGGGAAAAAAAGCUGACGACGUCGCAAGCCAGUCGUAUGUUUGGUAUUCCCUACAACAGUUUGUUGAUGUACGUACGUGGUAAAUACGGUAAGAGUCUGAAGCUCGAGCAAUUACGUAGGAACUGCACCGGCGCCAGCACCCCCGAAAUCAUGAAUAACAAUAACAUCAAGCCCGUCCAGCAGUCCGCGCAGAUGAGCCACGGGCUCGCCGGAUUGCCGCUGCAGCAUCCGGGGGACAACGGCGGAUACCCCCAUCGCGGUCUACUUGGCAGUAACAUGCCGCAGCCGCAGAGCUUCUAUCCGGCCGAAUACGCUGCCGCAUCUUACCCUCUGGCAGUGAAUAUGGUGCAUAUGUUACCCCCGAGCGAGCAGAAGGCGUUCGAAUCGUCCGCGAACCCGGACGGGGGCGGGGGCGGGUGCGUAGCAAGUGGGGGAGGGGACGGAAGCGGCAGCAGUGGCGGUGGUGGCGAUUUGACGAACUCGCAGACCAGCGAGACACCGUCCCCCAUUGUUGACCACCACCAUCAUCAGGAGUCGUCGAUGCAGCCGCAACCAACGCAAUCGGCGCCCGCGUUGCUACAGCAGAACGGUUCCGAUUAG